ACUUCUCUUUCUGUGUCUAUUGGUUGGUGAUAUUCUUGGGCUUGGUGACCUCUGUCGGACAUUUUAUAAGUUUUCAUUAAUUCUUACAAUAAUGGCUUUAAUCUGUGCGCGUUCAGUUGUGCAAAAUUCGUUUAGAAAAUUAUAUACUUCUAGUUCAAGUUUAGCUAAGGUGCUUGACGAACCUAUAAAUAUUGCAACAGGCAUAGAGAAGAGAGAAAUGUUGGCUAAAGCUGCUGGAAAUGAGAAUCCAUUCGACUUAAGAGUACUAAAGAGGGGCAAGGGAACCAAAGACUGCCCAAAUGAAAUUCCAUCAGCCACAGACGCCAGGAUCGUUGGCUGCAUCUGUGAAGAGGAUGCGACGGCUGUCUCGUGGAUGUGGCUGCAUCAGGGCCAGCCUCGACGUUGCAACUGCGGCUACUGGUUUAAAUUAGUCUACAAGCCUCCUGUAUAAUAGCCACUUGAAAUAUUGUAUCACCAGUAGUCAAUACAGUAUAGACUAUGUUUAAACUAAGCUGCCUGAACACCUAGGUAAUCCAAUUACAAAUGGUCUGCAAAUGAUUUCAUCAAUAAUACAAUGUGUUUAAAAAAAUGAUUUUGAUGUUUUACAACUUUGUUUCCUCUUUCCUGUGUAUGUGGCUGUAUUGUUGAUUUGUAAAUAAUUAUGAAAUAAAAAUUUAUUUGAA